UCUUCUUAGAAGAAAUGGAGAAUGCGAUGACAAGGUACAAGGUACCGGCAUUUGGUCAUUGGAACUUCAACUUGUACGAUGACAUCCCAAUCUCCCAGUACUUUGAAUCAGCGAGGGAAUAUGGUCUGAUAAGAGCUCGUUUCUUUGAAGGAGACGGCGAGGAUCUCUUUGAGAUGCUGAGAAGAAAGGGAAAGAAGGGAAGAGAUGGAGCAAGGAAGAAGAGAAACUACAAGAAGGAGAAGGUUUGGAAGCCCAAGCCCGUCGAUGAGGACCUUUACAAGAUACCUCCACAGCUCCUCUAUCAACUGCCAAAGAAGGCAAGUAAAUUCUUCAGCUACAGUCAAUCUGAAUAUGUUGGGAAACACUAUUCUUUUUCUGAUUUUGGAGAAUAUCACUCACUCACUCACUCUCUCUCUCUGCAGAAGAAGUUGUGGAAUUUUUGCGCAGGGUGUCGCUGCCUCAACUGCAUUGCAUGACUGGGAAUUAUUGCUAGAGAAGAAGAGAGUAGCUUCCUAGAGAAUGUGUUUAUCUUUCUUGCUUGUGAAAUGAGUGUUGCACACUCUGUUGUGAGAAUGUAUUAUUUCUGAAUUAAGUGAAAUGAAAGAAGCUAUUAGCUACUCAGAAGUGUUUG